AUGUGCAACGAAACCACCGCCCUCUGCGGCAGCUGCGGCCUCGAGAGACACAUACACUACCAUCGUUGCAUAGCCUGGCUGUGGAGCUAUCGCCAGAUCAAGUGGGGGUUCACCACCCCACUCGGCUCGAUCCCGAAACCCAAGAACUGCCCCUUCCUCGACGGCGAAGUCAAACUCGAGAUCCAGCCCGGCCGAUGCCCCAAUGUGCAAUGCCCGGGCCACAUGAUCAAGGUGGAGAUGGACCGGGUGUCGACUGACACGCGAGCAGCCGCGGACAAGAUCGAGGAGCAGCGGAUCAAGCUGGGCCUGAGGAUGAGGACGAGACCGCAGGGGUUCCAGGAUCCGCUGGAGGUCGGUCGACCACACCAGCGGAAAAUUCCUGUCGUCAUCUUAGAUAGGCGGCCUGAUGAAGGAUCGGGGAAGAGCCAAGGAAAGCAGGUCGUCGAGGAGGAAGAGGGACAGGAGUCGCAGAACGAGAUGUCUAGUCCGGAGCAGGAAUACGCUGGAGGAAUUGGAAUCCCAGUACGGUCUCCCGUUACUAGAGCAUCGGCUCCGAGACAGAGGACCUUCAACGGGCUAAUGAUGAUGAGGCCACAAUGA